AAAGGGAUUCAUAGUGGGAAGAAACAAAGUCACAGGAAGAAAUGGAAAAAGGAUCCAAUAUGAUGCCACUCCAAUUCUGCUUUCUUCUAGUCCUUGGCAUGGUGUGUCUCGGCCGUGCCGUUUCCAGCACGGCCGAUGAUUACGUGCCGUGCAACAGCUCGAUAGCCGAGUGUAAUGAAGAAGAGUAUGAGACUUUGAUGGAGUCCGAGAUAAGUAGAAGGUUUCUUGCAGAUAAGAAGUACAUCACACCGGGGGCUUUGAAGCCAGACCAACCCGUAUGCAAUGGUGGGGCUAAAGGUGAAUCUUACAGCAAGAGCUGUCUGCCACCUCCAUCUAACCCUCGAACCAGAGGUUGCCCUAAAUAUUAUCAUUGCAGGGAUGAUUCAUGAUCUUAUGUUACAUGUUAUGUUCAUUGUGAGCUAUAUGUAUCUAUGUUUCUCUCUCUAUUUCUCAAGCAUUAUGCCAACAAUUCCUAUUCAUUCAUGACAA